AUGACGGCCAAAGACUACGAGGUAAAGCUCGAUCUGUCGAAGUUGGGAAGUGUGUCGCGCACCAUCCGAAAGGAAUCGAUCCAGGAAGGGGACAAGGUCGAAGUUAAAUAUAGCUGGGUGAGAGGGUCAAAAACACAAUCAUCGAUCGUUUUCAUCGCCGUGUUGCCUGGAAAAUGGUCUCUAUAUUCUCGACACAAAGGUAUCUCCAUGUUCACGAACACAACUCCAGGUAGCCCCUUUCCUGGUAUUGAGAGCAUGAACGACAUACGUGGAAACCGGCGAUGGGUACUCGGAGUGUUUCGGGGCAUUUCUUUACCACCCAAAGAGAAGGAUUUCACGAAGAAUGCCAAGUACUUUGAGUGCCCAGGAGACCUGCGGCACAUCGAUACUUCUGAAUUCGAAGCGUGGCAAGCGGUCGGUGUGACGACUUUGGGCGACAAUCAAAUAGAUUUAUUGAGUAUUGCACCCACGUCUUUCCCCGAAUCCGUUAGUUUGAUGAUGCUGACGUCUCAUCUAGAGUCGCAAUUGUGGCAUCAUUGGAGCAGCGGAUACUAUGACGAAAGACUCUGGAAUAGUCAAAAUUUCGUUGUAUACCUUGCAGUUCUUAUUCUGGAAGAGAGCUCCCGACAGGAAAAUUUCCAGGCGCUUCAUAGCCUCCACUGGACUCUAUGGUGGAAACAGGAACACAAGAUGGCAUAUAUGAUGACCCGAAGACACCUCACAGCAAUGGCCGGAAUGACCAUAUUUGGGAUUGCUACCUUUGGACUUGGUGCUGUAGGUAGUUGGGCUUAUGGAGGUUAUGGAAUUGUUGAGGCUUCUUUGGCAUUCGGGGCUCGUGGAGCUAGACUUAAACAUCUAGUCGAGCAGGAGCAAUUUUCAAUGCUGAGAGGCCUACUCGAGGGUGAUGAAAGUGAGUGA